CUUAGAAAUAACUUGUUUAUGGUUAGGCGUAUUUGCUGUGUGUUGUGAUCAUCAGUGUUAGUACUAGUUAUUCUUGAUACCGACAGGCUUUCUAAGGCGAAUCACGAUUCUAAGGUUUUGGACAAUACUGUUUUAGACUUCUUUAAAAUUUAGGCAAAAAUAACUUAACGUUUAUAAUGUAAUUUUACUUUUGUUUGUUCCGUAAAGCAUAUAGCUUAAAGGCUGAAGACGAAAUUUAAAGUUAAAAACUAAACGCAUUAACUUAAAGACAGGUUAAGACUGAAACUGUAUAGUGUACUGUAUUACUAAUACUAAUAGUGUAUAGCUCGGUGUAAAAAGACUCGUAAAUCCUUAGUUUGUAACGUUACUCAGUUAUUUAAGUUAUAGGGAUAUCCUACACAGCUACAGCACAGUGUUCAUUAGGUUUUAUAUGCAUUUAAUUUAAUAUUGCCUUUGGUGAAUUCAAAGAAGAAACUUUUGUGAAAAAAGCCAUUCAGUUUCACUUAGCCUUCAGCUUCAUGACGUCAAUGAUGAGGUGCUUGGAAAAGGAAAUCUACAAAUAUCCUUACUUCUAAAUCAGAACAUUGAAAAACAUGCUGAAACAUUAGAAUAUUUUACUAUCUCCUUGAACUAUUGUUUUGGCGAAAGAUAGCAACAAAAAACCUUAGAUUUAGCAAGAAAUUUAUUUUUGUUUGAUCAAGCCAUGUUUAAUAUUGUUAAAAUUCUGCAUAGUAUUUGUGCACGUCAUCAAAACAUAAGAUAGUAAAUGCUUAAGUCAGUCAUUUGAAAAAGAAUGAUAAUUCACAUGAGAUGCCUGUCUUUAUAAUUUAAUAAUCAAAAUUAAGUUUAAAACAGCCUAUUUUGUGACCUCUUACAAAAGAUACAUAAUUUAUAAAAAUGGGAAGAUAUACUGGGAAAAAAUGCCGCCUUAUUAGCAUGUUCAGCCUCACUGCAAACUUUUUUCUGGUGGAAAUUGUUGUUGGUUAUGUUACCAAUUCUAUGGCUCUAGUGGCUGAUUCCUUUCACAUGCUAUCUGAUGUAAUAGCCCUAGUCAUCGCUUUUCUCUCUGUUAAGAUGUCUCCAAAGAAAUGGUCAAAGAAUACAUUUGGAUGGGCAAGAGCAGAGGUUUUAGGAGCACUUGUGAAUGCUGUUUUCCUAGUUGCCUUGUGCUUUUCAAUUUUAGUGGAAUCUUUGAAACGAUUUUAUGAACCAGAAGAGAUCCAUGAUCCCUUGUUAAUUUUAUAUGUUGGUGUCUCAGGGCUACUUGUGAAUGUUAUUGGAUUAUUCCUUUUCCAUCAUCAUGGCCAUGGACAUAGUCAUAGUCGAGGACAUCACCAUAGUCUUCCAACAAUAGAAGAAGUUAUGGCAGAAGAAGACAUCAAUGAUAAUCAUGGCAACUACAGAUUUCCUUCUCAUUCUCCAUCUAGCUUACAUCAUGAUCAAGACAAUAAGAAGUCAAAUAUCCCCAGCAGCAGCCAAAUGAACAUGAGGGGAGUGUUUCUUCACGUCUUAGCUGAUGCUUUAGGAUCAGUUAUUGUUAUUAUUAGUGCUCUAAUAAUGUGGUUAACCUCGUGGGAAUAUCGAUUUUAUGUAGACCCUGGCUUGAGUGUGGUGAUGGUUUGCCUAAUAAUGAGAUCUACCUGGCCUCUGUUGGUGGAAUCAGCCCUGAUUUUACUUCAGACAGUUCCAACACAUAUACAGGUAGAUUAUCUUCAAAAGAAGUUGCUACAAGAGAUUGAUGGAGUUCUUGCAGUCCAUGAAUUUCAUAUCUGGCAACUAGCUGGAGACAGAAUCAUAGCAUCGGCACAUAUUCGAUGCAGAAACCUUUCUGAAUAUAUGCAAAUUGCUGAAAAAGUGAAGGAGUUCUUCCAUAAUGAAGGUAUACAUUCAACCACAAUCCAGCCAGAGUUUGUUGAACUUGAAAGUGAUUUUCAAGAUGGGGAGAAUUGUGUUUUAGAUUGCCCAACCAACAAUAGCUGUGUAGCUCAAACAUGCUGUGGGCCACAGAAAGAUGGUAAAGAAUCUCCAGUAGCUGGCCUUCCCAAUGGAUCUGUAUCACCAACAUGUCGCCAGAGGAAUAACAGUUAUGCACCUGAACUUAGGCGAAGUAUGAGUGAGGUGCAUGUGAUGCUAAAUUCAGAACAAUUAAAUGAUAUUGAAGAAACUGUAGCUUAACAGGAAUUGCAGUUACUUCAAUUUUCUGAACCCGUGGUUGUGACAAGUCAGGGCUUAAUCUAGGUGGAUUUCUAAAUAUUUUGUGAAUGUUGGUUUAAAAAUUUUCUAACUCUUUAUGAUAGGGUGUUUGGUGAAGUAACAAUCACUGAAAUGUUUUCAGAUUUUUUUUAAAUAAUCACGAUCAGCUUGUAUGUGUGGAUAUACGUGUACAUUAAAAGUUUAUUUUUGUGUUUCAAACCACCUUGAUUCAAAAUAUAAUUGUUGUAGAGACCAUAUUUUGAUUUCUUUUAUCUUGCAACUCAGUCCGAUAAAAGGAUACAGAUGUUUUAUCUGUUGCCUUUGGAAUCAAUGACCAGUAAUCAACAUGCUUCUUUAAGAAAUCUAGGUUAAGUCCUGCACUUAAUUUUUGUUACUUUCAUUAAUCUAGAAAAUAUUGAAAACGUGAGUUACAAUAUAACAGUUCUACAGACGUGCACAUUAAUAUAUUGUGUAUCAUGUAGCUAAGUAGUGAUUUUUUAAGUGUAUGUAGUAUAAUAUUCUUGUCAAGUACUAAUAUUUGUUAAUCCAGAGCAUUAUUACACACACACAGUAAUUAUUGCCAACCAGAAGCAGUAUCAAUGAAAAUGUCUAACUAGCUAUUAAAUAUUACAGACAUUACCUUCCUUUAUAAAGGUAAUUAUGUAAUAACUUCUAACAGAAGAGCUGCUAAAAUUCUACAGUAAUAAUUAGAAAUAAUAAUAAAUACUCUUAAUUUAAAAUCAUGUGCAGUUGUGGAAAUAUUAUUAUAGGAACAAGUAUUGUGAAUUAGUAAAAUUUCAUUCAUAUAUUGUAUAUAUAUAUACGUGAAUAAAAUAAUGCUAUGAAGUAUAAAUUUUACAAAGCAUUCAUAACAUUGCAGCAUUCUUUGAUUAUAUUGUAAAUCAAACUUGUUUUACGCUAUUAUGAUUUAUGAAUCUUAUAAAUCUGUUAAAUUUUUACUGAUUAUGAGGUGUUGAAUUAAUCGUGUAAAUCUUCAGAACUUUCAGUCCUUGCCACCUUUUUUAAGAAGUGUAUAAAAACAGUAUGACAGUUUGUAAUAAUGUAGUUUUUGUACUACCUAUGAUCGUAUGAAGUAUGUUUUAUAAACGUAAUUACAUGUACAUUGACAAGCAUUAGAGAAGGGUGACUAAAUAUAAGUGGUAUUUUUUUAGCAUAAAUGAGCUUUACUGUUACUCUUAAUAUAGUUCUUUAUUUGGAAACACUGGAAAAGAUGUUUUUUCGUGCAGUGAUUAAACAUUCAGAAAGAUUUAUGCAGGUUUAAGAAAUGUCGUUAAAACACACGAGGGGGUAUUUAGAAAGAAACAGAAUUUAAGAAUGAUCCAUUAUCAUCAUCAUUUCAUGGGCUUCAUCGCGUGAGUUUGAUAACGUAAAAAGAACUGCAUGCAACUCCUUUAAGAGCUCCUGGAAAGGAUCAUGUAAACCAUCUUUGAGAGAACUAAAAUGAUGGUCACAGGACGUUUAAAGGAUGGAAAAGAUACUGUCUAGAAUUACUUCAUAAUAAAUAGUAUAAGAUGUGAUUUUAUGUAACAGAAUAACAGAUAUUAACUUCUUUAGAUAUUAACUACAUGUUGAUAUCCAGCUUAUGAGAAAGAAAAUUAUCUGAGCACCUCUUGUAAUAAAAACCAAAAGUUUUUUUUUUUUUUUUGUAUAUGUAUUUAUUUCCACAUUCUCAUUGUUAAUGUUAUAUUUUUCUUGUGAAUUUAGUAAAUACAUGCACAUGCGCAUGUUUGAGUAAUCCAAGUGAGGACCUGUUUACAAUUGUAAUUUGUUAUUAUUAGAAUUAUUCAGUGGUCAUUUCUGAUUAGUAAAAUUGUCAUAGCAUUGCCAGAAUAAAAAUCUAGUUGUCUAGUCAAAAACAAUUGAAGAAUGAAAAAUAUUUUAGUGGUUUGUGUAAGAGGCCUACUUUAAUGCAUUCCUUACUCACUUGGUAAAUAUAGUUGUAUUCUGCUACUAUAGUUUCUUGCUUUUAGUCUAGUAAAUAUAGUUGUAUUCUGCUACUAUAGUUUCUUGCUUUUAGUCUAGCAAAUAUAGUUGUAUUCUGCUACUAUAGUUUCUUGCUUUUAGUCUAGUAAAUAUAGUUGUAUUCUGCUACUAUAGUUUCUUGCUUUUAGUCUAGUAAAUAUAGUUGUAUUCUGCUACUAUAUUUUCUUGCUUUUAGUCUAGUAAAUAUAGUUGUAUUCUGCUACUAUAGUUUCUUGCUUUUAGACUAGUAAAUAUUUUUCUUUUUCCAGCAUUAAAUCUUUCUUUUUGAGUUAAUCAGUAUAACAAAAUUAUGGACAGCAUUCUAACUGAACGUGCAAACUCUGCACACCACUUAACUUUGUUGUGCUUUAUCUAAUGACUCAUUGCUAUAUCUAGAAAUUAUAACUAAUACAAUUUUGGGAUAGGUAAUAUUAUAAUUAAGUCUUAAUGUUUUGAAUGGGGCUUUUUUUUGUUGUUGUUAUUAUUAUCGUACCUGGAAGUACUGUCUGAUGUUUGAAUCUAGUAAUGGAAAUUAUAACAGUACAAGGAAACAAUUUUUGAUUGUAUAUUAGCAGAUUAUAGUGCAUUUGCUGAAAGAUUGUAUAUACAAGGUUUUAUGAAAUUUAGUGUUACAGAAAGCCUAGCAAACACUGACAGGUUGUAUGCUAGUUACAUUUAAUGUUAGGCCUACGCUUAACACUAGUUGCUUUUGACAGACAAAACAUUCCAUGGUACAAAAAAAGAAAACAGGUCAACUUGUUAUAACAGGUAAAGUCUGAAGGUUUAAAUAAAUAGACUAGUUUUCAUAUAUACUGUUACAUUUGCAUGAAUGAUUGAAAUAUAUGUCACUCAUGGAUUUUUAGAAUUAGUAUGAUAAUUGUUCAUGUUAAACUAAUGGGAGUCCCCCAUUAGGUCAGCAGCACUAAAAUACAGGGUUCAAUUUCCUGUGGUGGAAAGAGUGCAGAUAGCCUAUUGUGUAACUUUGUACUAAAAUAAACUACCAGGAAUAUUGACUAAUUCUACAAAUUUAUGACUGAAAAAAAAAUGUAUAACAAUAUAUCAACCACAUUGUAGCUUCUAAACAGUGCCAAUGAGGCCUUUUGCCCAAUACAAGGUUUCAUCAGGUCAGCUGGGAUACAUCAGACACAGUAGUUGUUAUAACUAUUCAGUAGGCUGUUAUCUCUUCUCAGUUCAUAAUGCAAUUGAAGUGUGCUUGAUUCUUAAUAUAUCCAAAGGUCAUCUUAGGUGUUAACCAAGUUUUGCAUAACUCCAGCUUUCAUAGUUUUUAUUUUUAAACAUAAACGGUGAAAUCACGGGAUCUACAAUAACUCUUAUAAAUUACUUUCAAUUCAUGUACUUUUCAGCUGUAUAACAUUCAUAACUGUGCUGAUGAGAUACUGUAAAUAUGUAUUUUUCCUAUAGAUUAAUUACUAUAAACUAAAUUUCCAUCCUUUUAAAACUGUUAUUCUUUAUUGAAAGAUAACUAUAAACACAUCUUUCAUGUUGUUGAUUAUAUUUUUAAUGUAUCUUCUACCAAAAUUAAGCUACUUAGCCAAGGGAAAAUGCUAAAUGUAGUUCAGAAAUAGUUGAGCUUACUUGUCAUCAGAAUGUUCUUACGAUAAUUUGGUGAAGUGUAGCUCUAUUUGUGUGAAAUGUAUAUCUAUAAAAAUGUAAGAUUUCAUUGCAUUAUGGCUGUUAUUUUAUUUUCAUAAAUUUCCAUUGGUGUUUUCCUUUGAGCUGUAGACAGUGCACCUACUAUUUUCAUACAGUGAAUAUGGCCAGUCUGAAAAUAAUUAAUCUCAUUAUUUGUUUUAUAACCAGAAAAAUGUGUUAACUCUGUGAAUAAUUAAUGUUUUACAUGAGGAUACUUUUACUCAGUGUGAUGUGGAAUAUCUUUUUUUAAAUUAUCUUUCAAUUUCACCUUCAAAAAAGUUUUGUACAUUUGGAUAUUCUUAGUAGAUAUAUAGCAAUAUCUCUAAUUUUGUAGAUUUUUUAGUAUGUCAUCUAAUGGUUAUAAUUUCUGUUUCUAAGAUAGAAUAUGAAAAUAGAUCUGCUACUUUUGUAGGUAAUUAAUCUGUAAUCUCCAAAGUAUGUUGCCAGUAACUUUGUUUGUUUUUUCUCUCUUAUUUACUUGCACUUUUUUUAGUGUCUAGAGUACUGUUAUGAUUGAGAGAUUGGUAGUUAGUAUGAGAUAUAGUACGCCUUUAGGUUUUUAUUUUCUUAAAGAAUCUUCAAAGAUUUAGACAACUAUUUUUCCAAAAUUAGGACCUUGAUUAAUUCAAAUUUAUAUUUUAAGUGAAAAAGAUGACUUUUUAACUUAUCAGUUUUAAACUUAACAGAAUUAUUUAAAAUGUCAUCAUUUUAAUCAGAUAGUAACUAACACAAAAAAUAAUGUAACUAAUAGUCCCUGACUUAACACAUUAUGGGGUAAACAGAGUAUAGCAUUAAAGAUACACAAAAUAAGAAUAGUUAAUCACACUACAACUUAAAUCUCUGAAAGCAUUUUAUUUAUAAUCAUUGUCAAAAAUAUAGUAUCCUGAACAUGUUUUACAAGAGAAUUAUGUGAACUGUAACGUAAACAUAAAUAAUAAGUUUUAAUGAAUAGCUAGAGUAAAUUAUGUUUGACUCCCAUAUUUGGUGUUGGGAACUUGAGUUGCUUAACAUAGCACAUUAAUUCUGUAAAAGAAACUUACAUAGUUGUUAUAUAUAAAUUUGUUUUUAUGAACACAACUGCUUUCAUUCCAUUACUAAUUAUAGAAAUAAAAAGUUUAGUAAAGAUGUGGAAAAAUAUACAUCUAGACCAAGCAAGUCAGAAUUUGUGUAAUUUGAAAUUCAGCGAUAUCUUUAUUACACCAAACUAAGUACCAACUAUUUUUAUUUUUUAAACAUUAUUAAAAGAACAUUAAGAUGACUGAAUGAGAGUUAAGAAACAUCACUUCUAUUGAACACUUAUACAAAUUUAUAUAGUGAAAAUGUUUAUUUAAACAUUGUAUAAUACUUUCUUUGCCAGUAGGAUCUCACUUUAAGUUGUCUGCGUAACUGUAGAACAUAUUGUAGGUUGUCUGAUUCAUUUAUGACUGAUUAAUUAAAACAUGAUCAGACCACCAGUCAUUUGCUUGAUUUACAUGUGCAUUUUGUGCAAAUAGCAAGUGAUUGUCCUAAAUCUACAAGUUUUGCUUCAGUCUGAUAAUUUUUUCUUUAAUAUUACAUCAAAGUCAAGGCAAUUAGUUCAAAAAUCAGCAAAUAGUGAAAUAGGAGUCUUCUGUAUUUUAUUAUUUUUUAAAGUUUGUUUUUGUAGUCAAAGUUUUAGAAUUAUUAUUUCACUAAAUAUCUUCUCAGUAUAUUUUACCAUAUAUUUUUACUGUUCAUAAAUUUGCUAAUUUUGGCUUUUUUUAGCCCUGUAAGUCUACUGUUCCCACUUUUAUGUAAUGGUAGAGAAUUUUUUUUUUGUGUGUGCGUGUGUAAGCCUUUAGAAUUUUUUGUUAUGUUCUCAAGACAGACUACAAACACUAGUGUACUUUUGUGAAGUACAUAUUAAAUUUUUCUUAUUUUUGAACAACAAAUAGUAGAACAGUAAUUCAUUGUUUAAUCCUGGAAGUGAGAAAUAUUCUCUAAUUUUGCAUUUUUGAGGAGCGUUAUUUAACUUAUGUGGAAGGAUGUGGGGUUUUAUGUGAUCUCAAGCUGUUGGUGAUAAAGAUGGGAAAUACUUCAUUCAGAUCAAAAGAAAAAAAUAAUCAAUGACCUAAAUUUUUACAAUAACUUAAAAAUGAGCAGUUUGAGAGCACAUACAUUUCAUGAAAGUCAUUAAUUACAAUUACUAUUAAAUGAGUGUUUUAUAAACUAAAGGAUGACUUAUUGAAAAAACAAAUCUUUUUUUACUGAAACAGUUAACAAUUUAUCUUGUAAACAUUUCAAAAUCUCGCAAAUCAUCAGUAAUCACAAGAUGUUAAAAUUACACGUGUGUGUGUAUGUUUGUGGUAUAUGUAUUCUUAUAUAACAGUAGAUUUUGGAACAUAUCUAUAAGGGUUUAUAAAAAUGUGUAAAUAUUAAAAAGAUAUAUUUUUUUGCCAAUUUUCAUCCAUGUGUACUAGAGUUAAAGCUACAUGACUUGGUAACACAUUUUUAAUAAUUUGUAACAUAGUAGUAAAGGUGUAAUCCUAAACUCAACAUUUGCUUGCAGAAGCUUACUUAUCAUAAGCUUAUGUUUUACAGUGAUCAAGUAAAUUCCCAGUCUUUGGGAGGGAACAUUUUUGUAUCCUGUUGAUUUUUGCAACUAAGAUAGGAUUCUAAAUUAUAACUUUUUGACAUAAACUUCCUGGUUUGAGAACUUUUAUUUAACCACUGGCGGAUCCAGAUUUUGAAAAUGGGGAGGAGCAAUGAUUCUGAACGUAAAUGAUGAAUUUUUGGGACUUCCCUGGUAGGAGUUAAAUAGGUUAUUUAGAUUUAUUAUAAUGUUUGCUAGAUGUUGUUGUUAUUAUUGCUUUUUUAUUUUUUGUAAAUUUAAUAUGAAAUUUCACUACAUUCUUCCCUUCUCAAAGAUCCAAUUUUUGCAAAUAUUUUGAUUUUAUUUUCAAAAUGAGGAAGGGGGGUUGUGUGCCAGGCCUGUAUCCGCACUUGUUAACCUAUAGUUAGUUUCAUCUUAAAGGAACUUGCACACAGCUGAGAAAGCUUUGUUCAACUGAGCCAUCCUUGAAAAAGCUCCUUUACAGUUUCCUACUUUCUUUUUACUGAUCGUUUCUAAUGUAAACUGUUGAAGAAGAAAGGAGGCAGUGGUUUUAAGUAUCUAAGAAGUUCUUAUUUUAGUCAACUUACUGAUGCUUUGUAUGGCACGUGUAAGAAAGUGUGUUGAGACAAUCCAUUUAAUUAAUUUUAUUAUAGCCCUAUAGAAUUAAAGAUGCAACAGUAUUAUGUGAAUGGUUGUAUUUUUAAGUUUUAUAUAAUUUUGUGUUCACUGUUUGUGAAAUAAGGAACUCUUAUAAACAAAUAUCACAUUGUAGUGUGCCUUCUAAAACAAGAGGAUAGUUGUCCAAAGCCCACACCUUACAAUUUCUAAUUUAAAACUUUCAGAAGUCCAAACUUGUAUGUUAUUUGUUGUUCCACUUCAUAUUUAACAAAGUAUCAUUAAAGAAUGUUCAGUACGUGGCACUGGCUUUUUAGCCGUGGCAUAGCAGCUCAUAGAAUGGCUCAGAGUUUUUUUCAAGUACAAACGUUUAGCUCAUAGCUCCAUCUCUUGACCGAUUUGAGAUCUAAUUACAGCCAUGGCUAUUGAGGAUUCCCUCUUGUUUCUUUAGGCGUAACUGAAAUCCAAUUUAUUAUAUUUAAAGGCCAUUUCAAAUAUAUCGGAGCGUAUUAUAAUUUUCUGAUAAGAUGCUAUCAUAGUUUGGAUACUAAUGUGAUUCUACAGGAUAGUUUAUCUUAGGUUGACUGAAUAUAUUGUUCUUCUCAUAGGACUAAACUUUUAAUGUUGCAAACAAAGUUUUACAAACAUUAUUGGCAUGAUGGCUUUGGAGAAGAGUGACUACCCAAAACUCAGUAUAGUUCAUUAUACUUAAAUAACCAAAAGUGUAUUAACAAGAGAUGUUAUAACUCUUCCAAAAGCUUUGUCGAAACCAAAAAAUGGAAAAAAAAUCUUUAAACACUCAGUUCUUACUGCAUCUUUAAUGAAUUUCUUGUACUUAUGAAUUGAUUUCUUUUAUAGUGUAGUUUUUAUUCGACUAAGCACUUUGCAUUUUCAUCCUUAUACUUUGACAUUUUUUGUAAAAAACUGAGGCUGUUUAGAAAUUACAAAUACAAAUUUAUAUUUAAUAUACUUGAAAACUGUUUAAAUACUUUAUGCUGUAUGUCAUUUUAUCAGUCCUUGUUUUUUUUUUUUUAUUAUUUUGUAUUAAUUGAUGGGAUCAAGUGCCCUGUUUAAAGAAUUUGUGUUGAUUGAUUUUCAUUUAUUCUAAUUCAUGCCUAUAUCUGUAUCUAUAUGCACUUUAGUGAUUAUUCUUGGUUAUAAAUGUUUAGUUGAAGGUGUAAAAAUAAAAUUAUACUGUCUUGGUAA